AUGUCUCUUGUAGUCGACCGAGCCGCAAGCGUGGGAAGAGACAACUAUGAUAUGAUGUUAGACUCAAUCAAGGAACUCAUUAAAAAAUAUAACGUUGGAACCGACAAAACUCGUUUCUCCAUCCUGACGUAUGCUGGUAGACCAAAGAUUCGCACGAGUUUCGACGACGCAAAGUAUCAAAAUAAAGAGGCUCUUGAUAAAUUUAUUGACGAAAUGAAAGCGAAUGAUCAUCUAGGAUCACCAACCCGGACUGACCGAGCACUGGAAAUGGUCGCUGACGACGUUUUCACUGUACCUGGUGGUUACACUGAAUGGAUUUCGUUGGGGGAGUGCAGCGUGACAUGUGGUGGAGGAAGGCAGGCAUGGUCGCGGACCUGUACUAAUCCCCCGCCGUCUGGCAAAGGGCCAACAUGUGUCGAGCAAGGCCUCGGACUUGCAACGGAAGAACGAGAGUGUAACAUGCAAGAAUGUGCUGUACCCGGUGGUUAUACUGAAUGGACUGAGUGGGGGGAGUGCAGCGUGACAUGUGGUGGAGGAAGGCAGAUAUGGUCGCGGACCUGUACAAAUCCCCCGCCGUCUGGCAAAGGGCCAACAUGUCUCCAGCAAGGCCUUGGACGUGCAAUGGAAGAACGAGAGUGUAACAUACCGGAAUGUGGUAAUUUAUUCACAUACCAAACUCUUCUUUUACCUCUGGCUGUGCCCGGUGGUUAUACUGAAUGGACUGAGUGGGGGGAGUGCAGUGUGACAUGUGGUGAAGGAAGGCAGAUAUGGUCGCGGACUUGUACAAAUCCCCCGCCGUCUGGCAAAGGGCCAACAUGUGUCGAGCAAGGCCUUGGACGUGCAAUGGAAGAACGAGAGUAUAACAUGCAAGAAUGUGCUAUACCUGGUGGUUAUACGAAUUGGUCUGAUUGGAGAGAAUGCAGUGUGACCUGUGGUGGAGGUGUUCAGACACGAUACCGGACAUGUACUAAUCCCCCACCAUCUGGUGGAGGGCUAGCAUGUUCUGAGCAAAACCUGGGACCAGCCAAGGAAGGACAAGAAUGUAACACUCAAGAGUGCGGUCCCUUUAAGCGCAAUUAUGUUCACGUAACAGUUAUAGCAAGGAAAAUGCAAUACCGUUAUCUGUCGUUGAGCGCGGCAGACCCCGCCUGUAUUCAAAUGCUAGGCAUCCGUGAGAUAACCUAUCCAUGA